AUGUUAGAUUUCAGCUGUUUUUUAGAUGUUGGGUUCAAGAUUAAAGGUCUUAAAAACAAAACGGGGAAUCUCAGGGUUGUGGAAAAGGUUGUGAUGCUCGGCUUAACUCGUGUUGCUUGUUGGUGUCUUUGGCUGGCCCGGAAUAAAGUGGUUUUUUCGGAUACGGAGGUUAAUAUCGAUUCUAUGUUUAGUGAAGUUAAAUCUUUGGGGUUUUUGUGUAAGGGGAGUAAUGGAACUUUCAUAAAUGGUACAUUUCUGGAUCCAUCUUCGAAUUCAACUUUAUCAAGUAGCUCGUUACCUUUAAACACCUACGAUUCGGUUUCUAUUAUGAGAAUUUUCAUGGUGUUACUCUCGAGCGUGGUAAAACCCCCCAACUUAGGGUUCACAAUCGCACCCUCUUCAUCGUUUCUCAAUCGAUCAAUCGGAUUCUUCAAGGAUGGGAGGUGGCAGUAUCAUCACAACAAUUUAUUAUUUGGUAAAUGUUUUGAUGAAGCAGAAGCACAACGACCACUCCGGCGGCCGUGCACAAUGCAAGUCUGUAAAAGGACUCCGACCAAACUUUCAACUUCAACUAAUUAUAACAUACUUGGAGAUGAAUUGAUUCUUUUAAAGAAUUAUGUCAGCCUCAAGGAUCAGGUUGAUAUAGUGAAUAUCUGUGAAAAGUGGGGUGGUUCUAGGGGUUGUUUUUAUGAGGAGUCUGAUUUCAUAGAGGGAGAAGAAGAUUAUUAUCGUAUACAUACUUGUUUUGGUCGAAUCUGGGAUCCAGAAACAAAGUAUGCAGACCGUUGUAAAAGAGAUGGUUUUGAACCACCACCAAUUCCAUACCAACUUUAUUCAUUGGCUGAAUUUGCACUUGAAGAUGCUAAAGCCCAUCUGCAUAAACUUCGUUCAAUGUCCCCAGAAACCUGCAUAGUCAGAUUCUAUCCAUCAUUAUAUGGUCGACGUGGCCUUCACAGGGAUCCCCCUGAGGCCCCUUGUCUGGAUUUCCUCAGACUUUUGCCUACGGUUUCCAUCUUCAUUGGUGAUACUGCAGAAGUUGACUAUUACUGUCGUCGCAGGGAUGUGGAUUAUAAUACGGUUAUGUUGCGGUCUGGUGAUGUUUUGAUAAAUGGGGGCAUCUUCAGAUACUUUUCUCAUGGGGUAAAGCAAAUUCAUGAACACACCAUGCCUCAGUCGUUAUUACAAGAUACCGCUCUCAAAUCGGGUUGUCUAAACCUUUCUUUAAGGCAAUAUUGACCACAGUGCGUGCUAAUCUUAUCUUUCCAGACUGAUCGAUCGAGGUGUUGUUUACAUGAGUUUCAUAUUGUCAUGUUAGUGGUAUAAACACAAUGUUUGUCCAGCAUGGCCAUGUUUCGUGUUUGUCAUAAAGUAACUCGUGUGUUUGGUAUUGACUUUACUCUUGACAUUUCUAGUUUUGUUUGUAAUUUGGUUU